GGACGAGGGUAGGCCCCCCAGACCACUUUGCCCCAGCUCACCUACCCGAACGUGCCCGCCUCCAUUGAAGAGUGUCCCGAAGCAGACAGUAUGGAAGGGGAGCCCUCACAGCCUCGCAACGGCAGCUGGCCCUUAAGUGAGAACGGGAGUGACGCUGACACUGCCCUGGCUGCCGGCCUCACCUUCUCCUCCUACUACCAGCACUCCUCGCCUGUGGCAGCCGUGCUCAUCGUGGCCUAUGUGCUCAUUUUCCUCCUCUGCGUGGUGGGCAAUACCCUGGUCUGCUCCAUCGUGCUCAAGAACCGGCACAUGCGCACUGUCACCAACAUGUUCAUCCUCAACCUGGCUGUCAGCGACCUGCUGGUGGGCAUAUUCUGCAUGCCCACCACCCUUGUGGACAACCUCAUCACUGGUUGGCCUUUUGACAGUGCCACAUGCAAGAUGAGUGGCUUGGUGCAGGGCAUGUCAGUAUCUGCCUCAGUUUUCACGCUGGUGGCCAUCGCCGUGGAAAGGUUCCGCUGCAUCGUGCACCCUUUCCGUGAGAAGCUGACCCUCCGGAAGGCGCUGCUCACCAUCGCGGUGAUCUGGGCGCUGGCGCUGCUCAUCAUGUGUCCGUCGGCGGUCACUCUGACCGUCACCCGAGAGGAGCAUCACUUCAUGCUGGACGCUCGCAACCGCUCCUACCCGCUCUACUCCUGCUGGGAGGCCUGGCCCGAGAAGGGCAUGCGUAAGGUCUACACCGCCGUGCUCUUCGCGCACAUCUACCUGGCGCCCCUGGCGCUCAUCGUGGUGAUGUACGCGCGCAUCGCGCGCAAGCUGUGCCAGGCCCCGGGCCCGGUGCGCGACGCGGAGGAGGCGGUGGCCGAGGGUGGCCGCGCGUCGCGCCGCAGGGCCCGCGUGGUGCACAUGCUCGUCAUGGUGGCUCUCUUCUUCACGUUGUCCUGGCUGCCGCUCUGGGCGCUGCUGCUGCUCAUCGACUAUGGGCAGCUGAGCGAGCCGCAGCUGCACCUGCUGUCCGUCUACGCCUUCCCCCUGGCACACUGGCUGGCCUUCUUCCACAGCAGCGCCAACCCCAUCAUCUACGGCUACUUCAACGAGAACUUCCGCCGCGGCUUUCAGGCUGCCUUCCGUGCGCAGCUCUGCCGACCGCCCUGGGCUGCCCACAAGCAAGCCUACUCCGAGCGGCCCGGCCGACUCCUGCGCAGGCGGGUGGCAGUGGAUGUGCAACCCAGCGACUCGGGCCUGCCAUCCGAGUCUGGCCCCAGCAGCGGGGUCCCAGGGCCUGGCCGUCUGCCGUUGCGCAAUGGGCGCGUGGCCCACCAGGAUGGGCCCCCGGAAGGGCCUGGCUGCAACCACAUGCCCCUCACCAUCCCAGCCUGGAACAUCUGAGGUGGUCCCGAGAGGGCGGGUCUGGUGGGCCUGUGGCCCUGACUCUAAAACGUGAUCCUUGGACAAAAUAGCAGUAUUAGAAGAGGGUGCUAAGAUGCCUCCUUGAUGAAAAACUAGAUGGUGGGUAGCUGCCAGUGAUGGCCAAUCGGGCAGCCCUCAACCUUCCAAACCCUUUCUGCUCUGGAGCUGUAUAUGGACAACUCCUUCUCGUCAACAUCUCAGAACCCUUCUCUGCAGAGACUCUGAGGCCCAGGGAGAGGGGACAAGGUCUCUCCGAUGGAAAUCCCCCUUGACCCACACUCUAGUGAGAGUCUAUUGUAUCCACAUUUCCAGUGGUCUCCCUAGGGCCCUCUGAGGCGGAGCUCAAGAAAACGUUGUCACCCUAACUAGGUGGCUGGGAAGAGGUGACCUCUGCGCUUACACACCGAGUCCCUGUGAUGGGGUCCCCUGUGCUGUGUUGCUGAGGCAGCUCCCCCUCGGCCCUUUCCUGGGAAAAGUCAAGCUUUCCCCCUGCUAGCUCUGAGUGUUGGCUUUAUUCCAGGAAGCGUUCAGGGCAACACCCACUUCACAAGGUCACAACUGAGCUGCUGCAAGAAGAACCCUAGGGAGCCUGUUUAGACUCAGGCUCAAGGCUCUGGGUAGUGCCAGAUGGAGGCUCCUCUCCCCGACCUCCACCACCACAGCCAGGCAGAGCUUCCAGCACCACCAACAGCUCGUGGGUGGCAGGCAAGGGGAAAAGGAAGCCAGCGCGCAAUGCCAACUCUGCCUUCCGGAAAGAUUUCACCCCGCCUGUGAGCACAAGCUUUCUCGUAGCCUUUCCUUCAUGCUUCCUGGGAAGGAGAAGUUGCUCAGUCGCUGUGGGGAAAGCCCCGAAGGCCACACACAAACCCUUCCACAGUGUGUGACUUGUGAGCCCUAAAAGCAAAGGAGAUCCCACAUGCACCCCAGCAAUCACCUUGACAGACUGGAGCUAGGAAAUGGGUUGCUGUUGCUGAUUUCUCCUGCAGUCUCAGUAAUCUGCGCUACACCUGACACUUUCUCCUCACCCUGUGACCACAGUUGCUAGAAAUUUAAGGAAUUAAAAACAAAAACAAAACCUUCCUAGGAUUCAGGGCUCUGAACUCUUACUGUUUCCUGAUGGAAACACACACUGAUGGGCCAUUUACUGUUCCUGGGUCCAUCGGGAGCAAUGGCCACAGUGGCAGAGAAACUGCCUCGCAGUUGUACAUGUUCAGGUGUGUCUCUGGACACUGUCAUCUGAUUCAUAAAAUGUUCUUGUCAUUUCACAAAGUGACUGAAGCCCUGUAGGGCCAGGGUCCCAGAGCCACAGGCAGCAGCGUUACGAGAGGCUUGUCUUUGGACAGCUUGAACUGUGCCCUGCCUUUCAAAGAGGGUGGAGGCAGGCAUGGCGGGGUGGAGAGCUGGAAACUCCCUGCCAAAUGAUAAAAAGCAACGCCCACAGAAUGAACUGGAGUACCGAGGUUGGGGCAGGAAAACGGUUUCAUUGUGUUGGCCUUGUGACUUCCCGCCCGAGAUGUUCUGAGCAAAUCCUAGGCUGAGGAAGCUGCAGAUGCCAGGGUCGGAAGGCCAGGAGUGGUCUGUGUAGGUAGACAAGCUGUUGCCUGAGCUGGUGCUCUGUAUGGUCCUCACUGCCGGUGUUGCGUUCAUAUCAUGUGUAUGGACACAGUGGCCUGAGAACUGGCCUGAGAACUGGGAAGACUUGUGACUCCAGGCUCUAAAAAUAGGCCAGAUCAAGAGCCAUAUCAACCCCGUCCCUGCGGCCCCUGGGGGCUGUGGGAGUUGCAGCCUGCUCUCUGCCCUGGGGUGUCAAAAUUCACGGCUCUCCUCAGAAAUCCCGUCCACCAAGGCCUCUGCUCUAUUUUCCCCAAACUCCCGGCUUUGAGAAUGCAUGACUGCCCCGGUGCAGCACUCUUGACACUGUGGCAUUCCCUGCAUUCCCUUGUUCUUGGCAUCGCUUGAGUAAGAGCGGAGGCAACCCCUGCCUGCCCACAGAUUUGGGCUGAAUGCUAACAGACAAGCAGGCAGCAUGUGUAUGCAGGGAGUUUGUUUCUUUGUACAUGUGUUAAAAUACACCCAAUGUACAAUUUGUCCCCUUAGCCAUUUGAAGUAUACAUUUCAAGGACACUGAGUAUUCGUGCUGCUGUGUAACUGUCCACUCACCCUUUCUAGCUCGACAUUAUCCCAAAUGGAAACUGUGGACCCACUGAUACCAACUCCCCAAUCCCUGUUCCUCCCAGCUCCUAGUAGCCACCAUUCUUUCUCUCUGAAUUUCAAAGUUCUGUCAUUCCCUACAAAUGAAACUACUCAGUAUUUUUCCUGAAACUACUCAGUAUUUUCUGCCUCAGCUUUGACAAGUCCUAUGCGUGUUUGGAGGUGUUAGAUAAUAAAACCAAGUUGUGAAAAUAGUGCCUGUGUGAACCCUGAGGACGGAGACCCCAACGCUUCUCUCAACUUGGUAUUUAGGGGUGACAGACCCAGUGCUCAACCCAGCUGCUCUGCGCUCCCUCCUCUGUGUUCCUUCUUGGCUAGAGAAAACAAUCGUGUGUUCUGUCCAUAGGAUGUUGUAUGAUGCUGUUUUUAUAACUGUAGCUCUGUCAGUCUCUGUGUCCUGACACUUGGGCCUGAGUGCGCCUUGUGUGGUCACCGAACUCUAACACCAUGGAGGAAGACGUCUCUGGAGCAGACAUGUUCCAUCUGUGCCCUGUUAGGUCUC